AUGCGACCUAAGUCUAGUUUAAUUUGGAGAUUUUUUAAUCAAGUUAAUGCAGAUUCCGCAAAAUGUAAACAGUGUGAUAAAACCUUUUCACGAAAAGGAGGUGGCACUACUUCGCUUAAACUUCAUCUUAAAUCAAAACACGGUGAUAAGUACGAAGAACUUUUGUUACUAGAAAAAGAUAUCCAACAAAUACCACAUACCACGAAACAGCUGACACCAUUACAAGAGUGUAAAAAACAGCUGUCAAUAACAGAUUCUUUAAAAAAUAAAGGCGCCUGGGAUGAAAAUGUGUGGUCAGAGCCCAGCUCAAAUGUAUCGUUACUUAGUCUUACUGCUCAUGGCAUCACCAAUAAAUAUGAAAGAGUUUCUAUAAUACUCAAGUGUGAACAAUUAGAGGGUCGGCACACAGGUGAAAUUAUAGCAAAUAAUUUAAACAAUAUUUUGAAAGAUUGGGGCUUAAGCACGGAAUCAGUUCAUUGUAUUUUACGCGACAGAGGAUCUAAUAUGAUAAAAGCUAUGAAUAUGGCCAAUUUCACUGAUGCAAACUGUACUAUUCAUCAACUACAAUUAUGUGUGCGAUCAACGAUGGAAAUCGAAGAAUUUCUCUCGUCAGUAAUUACGAAGUGCAAGAAAAUUGCAACUCACUUCAAUCACUCCCUAAUCGCGCAAAAUGAAUUGAAACAAAUUCAAACAGAAAGACUGAACCAAUCAGGACUAAGUAUAAUUCAGGAAUGUUCCACACGAUGGAACGCGACGUAUUAUAUGAUGAAAAGAAUAUUGACAUUAAAAGACUCCUUAGUACUGUAUUCGGGCGCGCAUGAUAUACCAAUUCUUAAUGCUGAUGAAUGGCUCGACUUGAAAAAGUGUGUUGCAAUACUAAAGCCGUUCGAAGAAAUUACAAAGGAGUUAAGUAGUGCUACUGCAACAAUAGCAUCAGUGAUUCCAUUAAUAUAUACUCUUAAAAACACACUAGAAACAGAGAAGAGUAAAGAAGAGACUUCUGAGAACUUCAAAUUAAUGAUUACGAAAAUGAUCCAAGACAUCAAUGUCAGAUUUCAGGAUAUUGAAAAUAAUAAAAUAUAUACAAUAGCUACUUAUCUAGAUCCACGGUUUAAACUCAAGUUUUUUACUGAAAUUACGAAGGAACAGGUACAGUCUGAGAUUCUGGGGAUUCUUGGGUGUUCAAAAGCUUCUCGUGAUGAAGGUCCUUCUUCACCUAAGAGAUCACGGAAUGAGAUUCCGACAACAAGCUCAAGCAACUAUUCACACAUUCAAUCUUGUCUAGCUGAAAUAUUAAGCUUAAGUGACGAGGAAGAGCAAAACAUAGAUUGUGGUGAUGAUGUGCACAAUCAAUUUAUUGUUAAAAAGACAUUACUAAAUGAAUACAACAGGGAGAAACGAUUGACACUCAAUGAAGAUCCACUUUUAUGGUGGAAAAUGCAUACCAAGUACCAUUGCUUAAGUGAUUUAGUAAGACAGUACCUUUCUCCACCUCCUGGAAGUGUACCAAGUGAGCAGCUUUUCAGUGCAGCUGGGUAUUACGCGGGAAUUUUUAAACAUAUUACUAAACUGUAUGAUGUAAAAUGGGAGUUACGUAGAACCGAAAUUUUAGCUGACGAACAUGGAGCCGUCAUUGUUUCCAACCAUCAAUCGACUUUUGAUGCUUUGGGAAUGGUAUACAUUUGGGAAAACGUAAAUAAACUGACGGUCGUUAUGAAAAAGGAAAUAUGGUAUUUUGUGCCGCUUGGGGUAGCAGCUUACUUUGCCGGAUUUAUUUUUAUAGACAGAAAAAAUCCUGAACGGGCUUAUUAUCAACUUCAGACUACUACAGACAUUAUGGUAAAAGGAAAGGCGAAAAUCUGGUUUUUUCCCGAAGGCACACGUAAUAAAGAUUACACACGCUUAUUACCAUUCAAAAAGGGAGCCUUCAAAAUGGCCAUUACUGCUCAAGUCCCAGUCAUACCUGUUGUAUUCUCACCAUAUUAUUUUAUAAGUAAAGAAAAAGAAUUUUUUAAAAAUGGUCAUAUCGUUAUUCAAUGCUUGGAACCCAUACCUACAAAAGGUCUUAAUCUAGACGACGUGGAGGAACUUAUGAAGCAGGUACAAGAUAAAAUUGCGAUUGUAUACAAAGACCUCUCCCGAGAAGUUAUGGCUAAUUUGACUCCAUCAGAUUACUAA